AUGCGAUGCGCGAGUAAGGCCUCCGAGAGCGCGUCCGCACGUCUCUGUGCGGACGCCGAAGCAGAAACCACAGCAACUGAUGUCUCAUCGGUUGCUGAAGCGACUCAGCCUGUGUCAUUGGGUGAUGCAGACGCUGGUCAUGAAGACACUCAUGUCUUCACAGAGUAUGAGCUCGGUGUCUCAUACUCUCCUGAUACGGAAGACGGAUCCGUAUCGACGGCGAUCGAAUCCAAGCCGCCUGCCAAGCGUGGCAUGGAUGAUGCUAUGCGUCGUAGCAUCUUUGGUUCAUCUGGUGAGUCAGAUGAACCAUCGCCGAAGCGUAGGCGCUCGAGGUCGCGAGACUCGGGCGUUAAGAGUGGUGUCGGUUCUCCUAUGGACACCACUUCGCAACGAGAUGCCAGUCCUUCUGUCGGCACGUCGCAAGAAGAGCGGGACCGCAAUGUGUUGCGUCUCGCUCCCGAGAAGAAGGCAUGGAUGCCUCCUUAA